CUUCACUAACCCCGGAAGUCCAAGGUCAAAUUCUAUACGUGACUGUUCUGUUCUGCGGCAUGACAAGUGCUGUUCACGUUUAUCCAGAUAAACUGCCGUGCGAUACUGGCGGUGCCUUCGCGGUGGUGCUUUCGAAACAGCUGCCCUCAGAUGUUGCAGAGUUUUCUCUGAUUUUUGAGGGUACGCAGACUGGAAACAGAAUCUGUGGAACUGCAUUGGCAGUGGACUCUAAGACUCUUAUUGGAGAAGUUGGAGGUUAUGGCAUAUCAGAAGAAGUGAAGGUUGAGAUAGUGGGGAUUAAUAGAGGUGGCAGUAAAGUUCAACCAUUCACCAUGACGUUUCUUAGUCGAUUUCAGCUGAUCUGCAGCUUUUUUCCUGAGGAUGUCUUGCUGCAGGCACCCGUUGCAGUUGCUCGAUGUCUACCAGUUGAUAUAGAGAACACUCGGGCUGAUGAUGAUGAACUGGCAGAUUUCUGCCUGAGAAGCAUGCCUGUUGAUUUGACAUUCAAGCAUUUCUUUGGAAGUGAUAUUGAUGAGAAGAUGGGUAGCCAAGGAACAUUGUUGCACUUUGCUGCUGAACGAGGAAUGACUAAAUUUGCUGGUCACCUUCUAGCUGCCAGUGGAGGAGCAUGGGAAUCGCUUACUACAAAGAACAGAGAGGGUCUCACUCCUGCAGAGAUAGCUACUCGACAAGAAGACGUUGAGAUGAUGCGGCUCUUUGCUGACUUUGAAGAUGUUGCAGCAGAAAAUGCAGUACCAUUGGUUGAAUAUAGCAAUCUACAAGAGCUGAUGGGUUCAGACUACUUGAAGGUGGAACCCAAACCAAGUUCAUCCAUACCUUCUAAAGACACCAAACAGAAAAAGACAAGUCUGCUUGCUAAAAUUGUGAAUGAGAGAAAAUCAUUAUUAAAGGAAGGGAAGAAACCAAAGAGCAAAGAGAGUGGAACUAAACAAAAGUCUUUGUUUUCUCGACUCGAUCUUCAUCAGCUUAAGAAGAACAUAGGUAAAGUUGGUGCAAAGACUAUGAACAAGAUACGGAAGAUGACAUCAAAGGAUUCUGAGGAUAAUGCUCUUCAUGGUAAUUUGGCCCGCUCAGGCAGCAGAGAUUCUUUGAGAAUGGCAUCUCGUCGUUUGCCCCCAAUACCAACUCCAGAUGAGAGGAACCCAGCUAACUAUUGUGACAUGGAUUAUGAUGAUGAUGAUGAUGGUGAUGAUCAUGAUGAUGAGUGUGCCUAUGAAGACAUUGAACUACCACACAGAAAUGGACGCCUUAAAGACAAGAAGGGGUUAUUUGGAACUGGUUACAAGCAACAGAAACGUGAACCACAGUCGACAUCUCACUACAUGGAGCAUGUGGUGGCAAGAGCAGUUUCUCAUAUAAGCUAUAAUCCAGGACCUGAAGACCCGCCAGAUUCACUGCAACUUAAAAGGGGGCAACAGGUAAAUUUACUUGAGACAUCGAGUACUGGAGGUUGGCUGAAAGCUAUUGUUGAUGGGAGAAAUGGCUGUGUGAUGAGAUCUGCAAUUAACAUUAAUGAAGAACUCUAUGAGUUAGAUCAAGGAAUGACCAUCAGAAUGGAUGAAAUACCUGAGAUUGAAUAUGCUGAGUUUGAACCUGGUCUGGAGGUUGGCAGUAGUGACCAGUUUGUGGCAAUGUAUGACUGGACACCACUACAGAUAGGAGACUUACCAAUCUUCCAAGGUGAUGUAGUGACUGUGUUGGCGAAAAAUCCAGAUGAUUGGUGGACAGUACGAAAUGCCAAGGGAAUGGAAGGUUUGGUACCAAGCACAUAUUUGGAACAACAUGGAAAAGAAUCUGACAUGAGAGGAAGCAAAUUUUCAGGUGGAAGUCUUUCUUCUGUAACAUCUUCACAUUCAAGUGGGGACAGUGUUCCUCCUCCUCCUCAUCUAGUGAAGCCAAGUCUUACUGUCACCAACAACCGUAGCAGUUAUGUAAGAGCUAAAAGACAUUCGGAACCAGUUAGUGAAGAUUCAGGCUCUAGUCAAGACAGUGGAAUUGACAGAUCAUCUGUUCAGCAAUUGGCAAAUAAACUUAGAGGACAAUUAGGGAGUGAUUCAGGAAAACCUACUAUAUCAAAUAAACCAGUGAAAAUUCCUGAGACAAGAAAAGACAGGUGGUCAUCUUACACACCUAACAGUUCAGCAAACAAGCACACAGCAUUGCCUAAACCAGUUCUGUCAAUGAAACCAAAUUUGAUCACUUCUAGUCCGUCACUUUCCAGAAGAGAUGGAUUGGUAUUGAAACCGUCUUCCUUACCUGAUAAAGCAUCACCACCUGCUUUAAGUCUAACGUCGUCGUCUACAAACCAAUUUAGUAGCCCAGUGAUUUCAGGAAAGUCUGUUUGUAGUCCUAAAAUUCCUCCAAAACCAAGCAAGAAACCCUUAAAGUUAGCAAAUGCCAAGCAAUUUUCUCAUCCUGCUGUUGUUUUGAGGAAGGAUGCGAGGAAAGAAGCGUCAUCUGUAGAAUCAUCUGAUGAAUAUAUUUGUCAAUGGCAGUAUGUAGCAUCCUCACCAGAUGACCUCUCUCUUCAACCAGGUGAUGUAGUUAUUGUUACUGAACAGAGCAACAGUGAUUGGUGGAUAGGAACGUGCAAGGGUAAAAAAGGAGUAUUUCCUGCAACAUUCGUGACCAAAUUGAAAUAGGAGUGCUGAACGUUUGAAGUGUUUUUGAAUGGAAGAGUACAUUCAAAAGAUUUGCAUCUUGCUUUCAUACUCAUUAUUAACUACUGUUGUGGUGUUUGUAGAUUUUACAGAGACUUCUAUACUGUUGUACAACAACAAUUUGCUAGAGUAGUACUUUUGUGACGUAAUUCUGGUUCUUGUCUUGUUUUCUGCCAACAUUUAGGUUGCAGUACUUGAUCUGAUAUCAACCAUUUCUUUCUCUACAUGUACAGCAAUGUAAUAAUCUGCGCUGAAAUGGCGGGGCAGAGUGACGAAAGAGAUCAGAAAA